ACUCCGGGGGUUCGCUUCGCUAUCUCGUGUGCUCCCUGUUACUCCUCAUCAUAUCAUAUAAUCUAGAUCAACCUUCUACUUACAGACAUGUCGAGGAAUCAGAGGGAGACAGAAUCGGAACGUCCUGCCAGGGAACGUGAGACAGGUGGUGAUGUAACUUUCACAAUGGACAACCUGGCAUCAUCAGAAGUAGCACAAACUGGUAAGGACAGUGAUGUUAAUGUCGUUCCCCAAGCAACACAUGGUGACAGGACAUUCUCCAUGGACAUGAUAGCAUCAUCAGAAGUAGCACGACCUGGUAAUGACAGUGAUGUUAAUGUCGUUCCCCAAGCAACACAUGGUGACAGGACGUUCUCCAUGGACAUGGUAGCAUCAUCAGAAGUAUCACAACCUGGUAAUGACAAUGAUGUUAAUGUCGUUCCACAAGGAACAUAUAGUGAUGGGACAUUCUCCAUGGACAUGGUAGCAUCAUCAGAAGUAGCACAAACUGGUAAUGACAGUGAUGUUAAUGUCGUUUCACAAGGAACACAUGGUGAUGGGACAUUCUCCAUGGACAUGAUAGCAUCGUCAGAAGUGGUCGAGCGCCGGGCCAGUGUCAUGGCUGUUUCUGAGAGACGAGAAAGGCAAGCAGUGUCAACUAGAAUCACUGCAGGGUCUGACUUUAAAGGCAUCAUAGUACAAGACUCUUCUGAUGUCAUCUUAUCUGUUGGAGGUCAGAAUGAUGGAAUAAUGAAAUCAGAUAUGCUCCAAAUAAAUCUGAAGCGAGUCAAAGAUGUCUUUGAGAAAACUGCUAACUACAGAAGAGUGAAGGAACUCUUGGAGAAGUAUGACCAUGUGGCAAUAAGUGGUGCUUCUGGUGAAGGAAAAACGUCUAUUGCCUUGAUGAUAGGAGCAGAUCUCAGGAACCAGGGGUAUGAACUUGUGUUUGUUGAUGAUGUGGAUAAAUUCGAGCUGAAGAAUUGUGACCUGCGUGGAAAGAAAGUUUGUCUGAUACUGGAUGAUAUAUUUGGAACAGUCAGCCUAUCAACUGACGUUCCCCAUCUUAGGUCCAUUCUACAAAAUCUCAAACAAUAUUUAGAAGAUGCUAAAUCUAGCAAGGAACUGAAAACACAUCCAGGCGCUGAAUCAGUGAUUCGUGUUAUGUUCACCACUAAAUCGUACAACCUGGAAUGUGGAGUCGCAAAGUUGGAAGGCCAAGAAUAUUAUUUUUUCACAGGCCCAUCGCUUCUCGAUUUAACAAAAAUGAAAUCGUGUCAUUACAGCCCCGAGGAAAGAAAGAAAAUACUCCAGAAACAACUGAAACACCAUAACAUCGAUCUGGACCUCGAUAUUGUUGAGCUUUGUGACACAAGAGAAUCUUUGUUUGGAUUCCCCCUAAUAUGUACCUUGUUUUGUGAAUUUCUCAGCUUUCAAAAAGAACCUUCACAGUUUUUCCAAGAACCCCUAUUUUAUCUACGGCGAGAAAUUGACAUGAUCAUGGAACGUAGGAAUGAUCAAUCCGCUGCACUCAUCCUGAUGUUGUUGUGUGAAGAUCAUCUGAACUUGAGCCAGGUAGAAUUCGGAUCUGAAAAUGAUUUCUUAGAAGCCGUAAAAAGCGUGGUGCCAGUUACCUCACGGACUACAGUUGCCAAAGCCGUCAGAUGUUACAGGGGUGUAUUUUUCACUGAUGGAGAUAUACUUGGAUUUUCACAUCCCACCAUCUAUGAUGCUUGUGCAUGUGCCCUAUUCAAAAUGAAUCCAUCCUUUGUUCUGAACCACUGCAGUAUCAGAUUCCUUUAUGAGCGUGUACAAGCCCAGCCAGUCCAGUCCACUGCAAUAGAUAAUCACCUCCACAUCAUCUACGUGUCAGAAGCUUACUAUGACACAAUUGCCUCCAGACUGGCCGAUGCUGUUGCCAAAGGCAACUACAGUAUGUCUAUUACACAUCCUAUUUUGAGAAAAGAGCAACUAGUUGACAAAGUGUUCCAGAUGCUCAAACUGAAGAAAUUAAAUACAUUAAAGCGGUUGCUGAAUACGAAGGACACAAAGCGGCUUGCCAUGUUGCAUGCAAAGGAAGAAGAGAAACACUUACUGUACUGGGCAGUUCAUGCACAUAGUCUGUACUUGGUUGAGAAAAUCCUCGAUUUUGGAUACCAUUUUUCAGACGAAGAGAUCAAGGAAGCCUUCAAUGCCUGUGCUUCCUGUGGGAACGAAGCAGUGUUGUUGUUGUUAUCUUCCAAAUAUAUGUCACUGUUUCAUCAAAGUAUGCUCAACAAAGCUCUAGUGACUGCCACAGACAAUAAUUACAAAGGCGUUGCAUUAGCCUUACUUAACAUUGGAGCUGAUAUCUUUGAAUCAAAAAAUGAUGUUGGUGAAAAUGUCUUUCAAAUUGCUAAGAUAAAGGGGUUCAGUACAGUUGGAAGAGAAUUGUUUAGAUUUAUUACGAAAGGAUUUAACAUCACAGAUCUGACUGGAGACUUCGACUUUCAAAGCGCAUCUCAUUCAGCCUUGCAGUACAGCUGCAGAGUAGACGAUAUAAGAUUUUCACAAUUCUUCCUUCCAGUCGCUGACAUUAAUGCACGAGAUACUAAGGGCAGAACGCUGUUAAUGAUUGCUGCUUUACAUGGAAACUAUAACGUUUUCAAUCUGUUCAGGUCUCAAGGGGCCGAUGUUCAUAUAACUGAUGAUGAUACGAAAACUGUGCUCCACUGGGCUUGUCAGGGAAGAAAUAUUUCCAUUAAAGAAUGCCCCCCUAUGUUAAAUGAGGACUGGUCCAUGUUCUUCCUUCAUGGCAGAAACAGAGACAAUAUCUCAAUUGUAGAAGCUCUGCUUCCACUGUUUGACAUUAAUUGUCGUGGAAAGGUGGGACUUACACCAGCAAUGACAUCAGCUUUGUAUGGGAAGAAGGAUGUUUUCAAUCUGCUCGUGUCAAAGGGAGCUGAUCUCACAAUAAGAAGGGACAACAAUGACACCAUCCUUCAUGUGGCAUGUGCAGGUGGAAAAAGUCCCAUUGUAGAAGCUCUGAUUCCACUGUUUGACAUUAAUUGUCGUGGAAAGGUGGGAUUUACACCAGCGAUGAUAGCAGCUUUGUAUGGGAAGAAGGAUGUUUUUGACCUGCUCUUGUCAAAGGGAGCUGAUCUCACAAUAAGUAAUGACAACAAUGACACCAUCCUUCACGUGGCAUGUCGAGGUGGAAAAAGUCCCAUUGUAGAAGCUCUGCUUCCACUGUUUGACAUUAAUUGUCGUGGAGAGGUGGGAUUUACACCAGCGAUGACAUCAGCUUUGUAUGGGAAGAAGGAUGUUUUUGACAUGCUCGUGUCAAAGGGAGCUGAUCUCACAAUAAGAAGUGACAACAAUCACACCAUCCUUCACGUGGCAUGUCGAGAUGGAAAAAGUCCCAUUGUAGAAGCUCUGCUUCCACUGUUUGACAUUAAUUGUCGUGGAGAGGUGGGAUUUACACCAGCAAUGACAUCAGCUUUGUAUGGGAAGAAGGAUGUUUUUGACCUGCUCGUGUCAAAGGGAGCUGAUCUCACAAUAAGAAGUGACAACAAUAACACCUUCCUUCAUGUAGCAUGUCGAGGUGGAAAAAGUCCUAUUGUACAAGAUCUGUUUCCAUUGUUUGACAUUAAUUGUCGUGGAGAGGUGGGAUUUACACCAGCAAUGACAUCAGCUUUGUAUGGGCAGAAGGAUGUGUUCGAUCUGCUCGUGUCAAAGGGAGCUGAUCUCACAAUAAGAGCUAACAACAAUGACACCAUCCUUCAUGUGGCAUGUCGAGGUGGAAAUACUCCCAUUGUAGAAGCUCUGCUUCCACUGUUUGACAUUAAUUGUCGGGGAUCACUGGGUUGGACACCUUUGAUGUGUGCAGCUUCAAAGGGAAAUCACAAUGUUUGGGAACUUCUACUGAAACGUGGAGGUAACUGUGUAUGUGUAGGUGAUAAUAAUCAUACAACACUACACACAACAUGUAGAGGUGGUAACAUGUUGAUUGUUGAAGAUGUCAUAGGUGAUUUUGACAUUGACACAAGAGGCUUGCACGGUCGCACACCGCUUCUUGAGGCAGCUAGAGGUGGUCAAAUUCCCGCAGUUGACUUCCUUGUGUCCAGAAACGCUGACGUCAAGAUAGUGGACAAUAUGGAUAAUAGUCUGCUACACGUUGCUUGUAUAGGUGGACAUCUUGGUAUGGUGAAACAUGUGUGUCCAUGGUUUAACAUUGAUGACGGAGACACACAUGGGUGGACUCCAACAAUGGUAGCAUCUGUUUUUGGAGAGUCUGCAGUGUUUGACUACCUCAGACGACAGGGUACAGAUUUGACACUGGUUGAUAAGACUGGAGAUGAUGUCUUCACUCUCGCCCUUCAGGGAGGAAGUAGACAAAUCAUAGAACGAUUAUCACCUGAUGGACAAUAUGUGAAGAAGCACACCCCUUGGACAAUACUGAUGAGAUCCGUAGUGACUGGAUCUUUUGAAAAGUUGAAAGUUUGCCCUGACAACAGUCCUGAUUUGGUUCAGACAGACCAGUUUGGAGAUAGUCUGCUUCAUCUGGCUUGUCGUGGAGGCAACAGACACUGUGUGGAGUAUCUGCUCCCGACCUUUGACAUCAAUGUCCGAGGUCGGUACAGCUGGACACCGGUGAUGAUGGCGGCUGUGUGUGGACAUGGGGAUGUCUUCCAGCUGCUGGUGGACCACAAGGCAGAUCUCUGUCUGGUCUCAGACACAAGCGAAUGCAUCCUUACUCUGGCUAAGAGAAGACAGAGUAAUGCCAUUGUGGAGUACCUGAGGAAUAAGUCAGGGAAUUCUCGGGGAAUGAGAAAGAUUUGAAAAAGGUUUGGACAGCUGAUGGACUUUCCUAAUAACUAUGACUGUCAAGGAUCAUCCCGGACAUCAAAGAUUGAAUUCUUAAAUAAACUGAUACACUGUGAGAAUGCAUAAUAAGUAUGAACAAGAACAGCAAAGGAAUUUUGUACACAGCAGAUAACACUUCAAAUGAAACCUGUAGUACGACAUUGUUGAUUUUGAUGAUCUUAUGCCUCAAUAAGCUGAACAAUCUGAUGUUUGUGAGGUCAAACAUGUCAAAUAAAUACAAAGAAUCUAG